AUGGCGCAGCCGCAGCAGCAGCGGCAGCAGCAGCAGCAGCAGCAGCAGCAGCAGCAGCAGCAGCAGCAGCAGCAGCAGCAGCAGCAGCACCUGCGCCACCUGCUGGACCUGUCCGACGACGAUGACGAAGACGGCGACGUCUGCCGCAUCUGCCGCAUGGGCUCGGCGCCCGCCAAUCAGCUGUACUGGCCCUGCAAGUGCAGCGGGUCCAUCAAGUUCGUCCACCAGCAGUGCCUGCUCGACUGGCUGCAGCACUCUGGGCGGCUGCAGGCGGGCGCAUUCUGCGAGGUGUGCAAGCACCCCUACAGCUUCACGCCGGUGUACGCGGAGGACGCUCCCAGCAGGCUGCCGUGGCACGAGCUGAUGUGGGGGCUGGUCGGCCGUGCGGCAAAGGGCGUGAGGCUCGCGCACAGG